GGGCGGGGCUUCUGGUGCAGACAGGCUGAAGGCUUGAGAGCUGGGGAACCCCUGAUCCAGAACUACGGAACUCCCCGAAGUAAAAGAUUUAGCUCAGUUCCCUAUGUCUUCACCUGAAAUUUCUUCCCUUUCAUGGGGGCAAAUGAAAGUGCAAGGCUCUGCCAUAACCUAUAAGGAUUGCAAAGUAUGGCCAGGAGGCAGUCGGGCUUGGGAUUGGAGAGAAACAGGAACUGAGCAUUCUCCUGGUGUGCAGCCUGCAGAUGUAAAGGAAGUUGCCGAGAAAGGUGUACAGGCCCUUGUGAUUGGCCGAGGAAUGAGUGAGGCCUUGAAGGUGCCUCCAUCCACUGUGGAGUACCUCAAGAAACAAGGCAUUGAUGUGCGGGUCCUCCAGACAGAGCAGGCAGUGAAGGAGUAUAAUGCUUUGGUUGCCCAAGGCAUCAGAGUGGGAGGUGUCUUCCAUUCCACCUGCUAAUGUAGCCUUAAGAGGAGAAUAAAUCACUAA